AUUGCUUGCGAGAACAACAAUACGGCAACAGCUUUGACGAAUAGGCCCGCAUAAGGGGUGGUGAAGUUAUCGUGGUCGUGCGCUCAACCAUACCCUCGAUUCCUCGGCACUCAACCAUCAAGUUUGCUCCAUGGAUUCUCUCGCGAAGCAGGAGGUUUUCAUUAAAUUCCCGGACAUUGAGAAGCUCGCGGUCGCGUCCAGCUUCCUUCAUGCCUAUCUCGCUCCUGAAGUACGCGAGAAACUGUCGGUGGAAAUCUGCGCCACGAUUUUGGCGGCAGAACCUACGUUCCACGAGAAGCUCAAGGAGGCACAUAGAUCGCAGAAUUCGGAAGAGCUUGAAAACCUUUGCAUUUAUCUCAAACAAAAUGCAUGGCGCUUUCAUCCUCACCUACAAGAGAUGAACCGACUGAUUCGCACAAUAUACUCCGAUGGAAGGAUAGCGCCAAUAGCUAGAGGUGAAUGGAAACGACCUUCCUGGAUGUCUAAGAGUAACGAUGCACAUACGGAAAUCAUGGCUCACAUGGAAAGCCUAGAUAUUCCAGUAGGAACACAGAACGUGGCAGUGCCUUUGAUUGUUCUCUAUGAGUUAGGUAGCUUUCAGCACCAUGCCAAACUUAGGAGAAGGUUGGACCGGAUUUUCUCUUCUUCCAACCACACGUUUCUUGUGAACACUUCCGGUACAGGAAAGACCAGGCUUCUCUUAGAGGGCCUGUGUUUCCAUUGGGGAUUCUAUUUGACAUGCGCCAUCGAUGCUUCUUCCCUUGGAGCGGCCGAUUUUCCUUCUGUUUUGAAUGACGUAAACUGGGACCAUAGCUGGACCUCUUGCUUACCGCCUAUCUCUGAUUCUAAUCACCCCUCAUUGCUACAGGGCAAUAGACGGCUAGUAUAUCGUGCGGUCAGCGAAGCUCUGUUGGCUCGGUUCAUCGUCUUCAAGAUGUUCCUAGAAGUCUGUUUCAAGCAAGGAUUUUGCCUUGAACAACGACAGCAUUGGUUGGAGUUACAGAUUUUUCCAACGAACAUUACACCCUCAUACGAUUCAUUCAGUAUGAUUAAAUAUGAAAUUACAAGGGCUUGUCUAAGUGACGAGGAACUAGACGAAGCCAUGCUGCACUUGAUGGAAGAAAUCCAGACCAUAUGGGAAAUGCCUGGUGGCGAUUUCUUCUAUAUCGCAGUGGAUGAAGUAAAUGUAGCGUCAAGAAUGCACGAGGAAGCGUUCGAAGAUCAGCGCGGUCGUUAUCCUAUUUUGAAAGAGAUCUUACGCAGCCUGCGACGACGGAUGGGUCAGUUGCCUGUUAAAUUUGUUAUUUCGGGCACCAUCAUCCCAGAAGACCAUUUUCAGUCAACCAUCGGCGAGUGGGAUGAUUUUCGCUGGUGCUCAGAAACCGGGUCUUUUAAUGAUCCAGACGAACACCGUCGUUAUAUCACCAAGUUUCUGCCACCCAAGUUCGCUAUUUCAGUACCUGGGCAGGCACUGUUGGACCGUAUGUGGCAAUGGUUGCGUGGACGUCACCGUUACACAGCGUCCUUUCUUGCUGUCUUACUGUACAACAAUUUCCACAGCCCUCAUACGUUGCUGGGUAACUAUAUUGAAAACAUCACUGAAUAUUUUCCUGAUGAUAACGAACAAUACUCGGAAGGAGAGGAGGGUCGUUACAAUGAUUGGUAUCUGCCACUCGGUCAUAAGGGACUUGGUCUGUGUAUGUUGGAAACAUUGAGGUACCAUUACUACCUGCGACGCUAAAUUUAUUUGAAUUUUAGGGUCACUUAACACAGUCACGGUAGAAAUGCACCGCGCAGCUACUUCGUUUUUGAGCACUUCAACGGGUUGCAUUGACUGCUUGACAGAGGACAGAGUUCUGAUCACUGAAGAUUACGGAUAUUUCAU